AGCCAGAGGACCAUCCUCGUGGCGACGGUUUCGGGCCUGGUGACCAGCAGAUGCCCCUCCUUCUCUUGCAGCCCCUUCAAUGACCGGCCGAUGUGCAGGAUCUGCCACGAGGGCAGCAGCCAAGAGGACUUGCUCUCCCCCUGCGAAUGCACGGGGACCUUGGGGACAAUUCAUCGGAGCUGCCUGGAGCACUGGCUGUCGUCCUCAAACACCAGCUACUGUGAACUCUGCCACUUCAGGUUUGCAGUCGAGCGCAAACCCAGGCCGUUAGUGGAGUGGCUCCGAAACCCGGGCCCCCAGCAUGAGAAGCGGACCCUGUUCGGAGACAUGGUGUGCUUCUUGUUCAUUACGCCGCUGGCCACCAUCUCGGGCUGGCUCUGCCUGCGGGGCGCCGUGGACCACCUGCACUUUAGUAGUCGGCUGGAGGCCGUCGGACUGAUUGCACUCACUGUGGCACUCUUCACUAUUUACCUCUUUUGGACACUAGUGUCAUUUAGGUACCACUGUCGAUUGUAUAACGAAUGGCGUCGGACCAAUCAGAGAGUGAUUCUCCUCGUCCCAAAGUCUGUCAGCGUCCCUUCUAACCAGCAGUCCCUGCUGGGCCUCCACUCUGUCAAGAGGAACUCAAAGGAGACCAUUGUCUGACGUCCGUGUGGCUGGUUGGCUGACUCGUUGUUUGGGGUUCCGGACGUUUCUGCACUGGGGCCAUGCACUGAGCCACCCCCAAGCCCUUCCUGAAGCCGUGGGUCUCGGGACAUCCAGAGCCGUGGGAGCACCGCGCCCCGAGCAACGGACUCGACCCCAAAGAAAGCAAACGCCGUUUCACUUGGAAUCAUGGAUGAUGCAAUCACGUGAUACUUGCUGGGCUGCCAAACGUGCUUACUGAGCAGACACUAUACGGAGUUUCCCGAACACCUCUUUGACAGAUGAGGAAGGUUGUCCUGCUAAAGAUGCAAUUCAAUGCUUCCUUUUUUAUUACUAUUUCAAAUAUAUAUAUAGAUAUAGAUAUAUAUUAAAGUCAGAUGAUAAUCACCAUGGAAAAGCCAAUGUUAAAACUGGUUUCUUGGUUUGGACGGGUUUGGUUUUGGGUGAGUGUAUUUGUUUCCCGGUUUCUACUGUAGAUUCUUUGGGGUAAUUUGAUAACCUGAGUGGUCUUUUUUCAUCUCCUUCUUCUCUCUUACUCAAGGGGACAGCGUAACAACUGCAGAACAAGGCAUAUCUGAAGGACGUUUUGUACUAAACUUCAUUUAUUCCGUUUUUAAAGGGGAAAAAAAAAAGGUGUGGCGACUCUCCCGACAGUGAGCUGUUUAUUUAAAUUUCAUUAAAGAGACAAAAAAAAUUAUGGUGAGAAGCACGCUCCUUUCAACUUGUUUAGUACUGCCGGCUGAUAAAAACUAUUUUCUAAUAAUAAAUAUCCAGUGUGUGAAAGACAAACCCCA